CUCGUGCACAUCUCUAUCUCUCCGACCCCCGUCAUCUCUUUGGUGACGGUGCUGAAGUUGUCUCAAAAAUAUUUCCAGCUUAGCGAUGUCAAACCUCAAGCAGGCAGAAUUCGUUGCAUCUCUUGAUUGUGGCACUACCUCCGUUCGUUUCAUCAUUUUCGACGCUCGUGCCGUUAUAGUCGCACAGUGCCAGCUGGAGUUCCCUCAGUAUUAUCCACAUCCUGGGUGGCAUGAACAUGACGCGGAUGAGAUUCAGCAGGUUUCGGAACAGUGUAUUGAACAAGCUUGCAAGGAGCUUGAGAAGAGUGGAUGGACGCGGAGUAGUAUCAAGGUCAUUGGGAUAACAAACCAGCGUGAAACCGCCGUUGCUUGGGAUCGCAUGACUGGCCGUCCGUUAUGCCGUGCCAUUGUCUGGGAUGACGCUCGGACUAAGGGCACUGUCGCCCACUUCCAACACAAAUUGCGGGUCGACGGACUCGAGGUUGCACCAGGUGACUUUCGCAAGGGCGAUGCUGGAGUAGCCGCCCUCCGGGAACUUACCGGCCUUCCGUUAUCAACCUACUUCUCUGCAAUCAAACUUUGUUGGAUGAUCGAGAAUCAUGAUAAUGUUCGUACUGCACAUGACACGGAUAAUCUGUGUUUUGGUACCGUUGAGUCGUGGCUCGUAUAUAAUUUUACGGGAGGGCAUCCUGAUGGUUUACAUAUCACCGAGCCGACGAAUGCUUCCCGUACUUUACUUCUUGAUAUACACUCAUUGCAAUGGUCACCCGCACUAUUACGCUUCUUCUCCCUCCGCCCUUCUAUCCUUCCGCGGCUAGUUUCCUCCUCUGAAGUCUAUGGCAACUUAAAGUCUGGGUCACUUACCGGAGUUCCCAUUGCCGGGCUUGUGGGUGACCAGCAAGGCGCGCUUGUCGGUAAUAAGUGUCUUCAUCAGGGCCAAGCAAAGUGCACGUACGGAACCGGCGCAUUCCUGUUGUUUAAUACGGGGAGGAAAGCAGUCACAAGCGAACAUGGUCUGCUAACUACCGUUGCAUACCAGCCAGGUCCGGGCAAGAAAGCGGCAUAUGCGCUUGAAGGAUCUAUUGCUGUCGCGGGAAGUGCGAUCAACUGGCUUCGCGAUAGUAUGGGGUUGAUUCAGACCUCGGCAGAGGUCAAUACGCUUGCGGCUAAAGAACCCACAACCGGAGGUGUCUACUUCGUCACAGCCUUUUCUGGAUUGCUCGCUCCGUACUGGGACCCUGGUGCUGCCGGGACGCUUAUAGGUCGUGCGGCACUGGAAGCGAUCGCAUUCCAGACUCGCGCGGUCAUUGAAAGUAUGUUGCUUGAUGCGAGCUCAAACGAAGCGAAAGCAAAGUCAAGGGUAAAGUCGGAGUCAAAUCCUGGAUCGCUCCCCUCGGGUUCGCUGUCUGAGUCGGAUUUUGAAUCUCCCCUCAGUUCGCCUGUCGUUAAAGAACAGAAACCGAUGGACCCAUUAGAUGGAGAUCCUUCGUUGACCAAUAAACAUUUACCACCGUCUCCUCAACUGGAACCCCUUCCCACUUCACUUGUGGCUGUCGUGCCGGGAGAUAGCAAUAGCGCUGCUUCAAAUCAACCCAAGAGUACUGAAGAAAAGGACUCGAACACUGCAGCAGUGGAAUUCACACACCUCAAAGUCGACGGCGGUGUGACGAACGGUGAUCUUUGUAUGCAGAUUCUUGCCGACAUUGGUGGGUUCUCUGUUGUCCGACCCACGAUGCGAGAGUCGACGGCGUUGGGAUCCGCACUGCUCGCCGGCGCCGCUGUGGGGUUGUUCGGUUGGGACUUGGAGAAGCCAGAUGAGACUAUGAGGGAGGUUAAUACAGAGGGUGCGAGGACGUUUGAGCCUGGAAAGCCUGUAGAGGAACGAGAGCAGCAUUGGGGAAAUUGGAAGAGAGCCGUAGAGAGGAGCCUAGGUUGGGAUGAGGCUCCAGAUGAGUAA